GAAAAAGGGAUUAGACCUGAUGGCGCGCCUUAUGCUGUCGGUGCUUCUCCUGGCGAUGAUGAAGAAUGCGUCACAAGAAAUUACUCUUCAGACGAGGACGAUGCGAUGCUGGAAGCACAACUGGAAGCAGCUCGAGGUGGCAGAUUCAAAUCUUCUGAUAAAGAAAAGAAGGAGAUGAGGAAAAAGGUGAAGGACCUGAACAAGAAGAAAACGCCGCAUCACUUUGCAAGGUAUUCUGCGACAGAGAUUUCAGAACGGGUAGGACGACAUCACAAGGAGAAAAUGAAUAGCUUCAUUAGUAUGAAUUCUAAGGCCAAUGAAAAUGUUACCAUCAACAUGUUAGAAGCCAACCUGAAUCCUGGUGAUUUGCUCUACCUUCCGGCUUCCUGGUUUCAUGAAGUCCAUUCAGGCGACACGCAUUUAGCAUUAAAUGCAUGGUUUCACCCGCCUGGGAAGAAGAAGCUGCUGGACCACGAAACGGGUAGCGUCUAUGCAGAUGACUUCUGGAAAAAAUGGUAUCAAAGUGUCCAAUUGCCACAGACGUUAGCGCGAAUGAAGCAGAAUUUCGUGGCCAAGGAUGCUGCGGGGGUGGACGUAAUGGACGUGGAGGACCAGCAAUUUCUAGAAGCGCAAGAAUCUGCGCAAAAUGAUCCUCCUCCGACAACUUCUUCACAUCUUCUUCUUCAACGUCCUCAAGUAGAAGCACCCAGCGCCGGCGAGGAUGAGGAGCGGCAAUUAUGUAAGAAGAUUAGAAAGAGUCAGAACCAGCAGUCCGAGAGAAGAAAAAACCGAAUGAUAAGACGAGCUAUGAAAAUCGCACGCGGGAAAGAAAGAUGGAUGGUCCAGAAAGAUCCUAAGUACGAGUACAUGCGUUUCGUCGAAGACUGUCGUUCCAUCGCUUCUUCUAUGGGGAAAAGGCUCAAAGAGAAAGAUGGACGUAGUAGGUGAUGAAAUAAGCGUAGUUGAUACCAGGAAGGGACUUGUGCUUGUUGUGAGAAUAUUUUUACGGUUGAUAGGAACAACAUCUUCACCACGACUCCUGGAUUCAUAUGUCGGAGGACGACAGCAUGCUUC